AAAAGCACACGCAUACUUCAUACGUCCUUAUUCCUCAGGCUGCGUUAAAAAUCGCUGAGGGUAGCUUCUAAACCGAAGGGAUACCUAGAGGAGAAAGCUGCCCAAAAGACCAAAAUGCGUAGACUCAUCUAUUUCCUUAUGUUGACAGUGACCAGGGCCGAUAAUUCUUGCCCAGAUAAGGACUCGCAACUAGUACAGUGGAGACCGGGAGACAGUCCAAACACUGACGUCACCAUCGCCAAUGACAACCUAUAUCUGCUGGACCAAUCAACAACAGUAAAAAGCAUAACGGUUCAAGAUGGAGGAAAACUUGUUUUCAAAGAUGGCGUGGCCCCGAUUGUCGUGAAAACAAAACACAUUCUUAUAGAAGAUGGCGGAGAGAUGCACAUUGGAAGUCCUGAUUGCAGAUACAAGGGGAAGGUAACCAUCAUCCUCCAAGGUAAGUCAACCGACUUUGGAGAGGUACCAGAAUUUGGCAGGAAGUUUAUUGGUGUCAGUAAAGGUGGUACCUUGGAAAUUCACGGUAAGACGAAGACUGCUUGGACCUUUCUGGAAGGGCACCUCACAGGGUCACUGGCGGAAGGAGAAGACAAAGAUUCUGACAUGUCGCGAGGGUUAAACGUGCGUGUCAUAGACCAGGAGACAGGCACCAUCACAGCCCGCGAGGCGUUUGACACGCGCUUUGAUACCACGGCCUCGGAUAGAUUCACUGAAUUCAUCACGGAGCAGAAAGAUGGAGCCAUAAUAGCCAUAUCAGCCAAUGACAAGGCCUUCGUGAAACUUUACUCGGCUGGCAAGACUCUGUUGGCCAAUAUGGGGAGCACUGACAUUAAUAGCGUUGGCUCUUGGGACCCCUGGGCGUUCAUUACUGUUAAAGGCUCACCUUCGGAGACUGUCGAAGAAACAGUGGAAUACAUUACUAAAAAAACAACUCACUACGCCACUACUGAAAAGAUGUUCACAAAUUCUAUGGGUCGGUUCCGUGUCUACGUGAAAAGUGGAUAUGACGGAACAGAAGGGAAGGCAAGUGGUGCAAUCGAGCUGACCGACGAAACAGAUGGUCGCGUGAUCACGCUCGCAGAUGACGUCAGCAGUUGGGAAGAGGGAGAUCGUAUAGUAAUCAGUAGUACCGAUUAUUCCAUGUAUCAGGCGGAAGAAUUUCUGAUUGGAAAUUGUGAAGUUUGUAAUAGUAAUCAAGUCAAUAUCAUGGGUCCAGUCAAGUACCUUCAUUUUGGCGGGUCAUCGUACGGCGUGGACAUGCGUGCUGAGGUUGGACUCCUCAGCAGAAAUAUCCUGAUUAAGGGAGAAAUGGAAGCAAGCUGUUAUGGAGACAAUUUCUGCCAGUUCUUUGAUUUUGACACUUUUGGCGGGCAUUUGAAGGUCGUCAAAGGUUUCAAAUCAGUCCAUCUGUCAGGAAUAGAAGUGUUUAAUAUGGGUCAGCAGAUCCUUGGAAGUUAUCCAAUCCAUUUCCACAUCUGUGGUGACGUCGACGAACUCGGUGGAUACACCAAUCCUACUUGGGUUAAAGACCUGUCCAUCCAUCACUGCUUCAGUCGCUGUGUCACCAUCCAUGCUACAAAUGGAUUGUUGGUUCAAAAUGUCGUCGGAUACGAUACACUUGGUCAUUGCUUUUUCCUGGAGGACGGUAAUGAACAAAGGAAUACUCUGGACCAUAACUUGGGUCUCCUCACCAAACCAGGCACCCUCCUCCCGUCUGAUAGGGACAGCGACAUGUGUAAAGCUAUAGUGGACAGAGUUAUCCCGGGGUAUACACCUUCAGUUGAUGCCUGCAAUGGAGUUAGCACAUUCUGGCUUACCCACCCGAACAAUACCCUCACCAACAAUGCAGCCGGUGGCUCUGAGGGUGUAUGCUACUGGUUUAUAUUCCCAGAAGAACCCACCGGUCCCUCUGUAGGCACCCUACCCCCGGGUCACAGCCCCCACAGUCCCGUCAAGAAGUUCUACAACAACAGGGCGCACUCUAGCGUGAAAAGGUAUUCCUUGUUGUUGUCCAAGGGACUGAAACUAACGCCAUCUACCGAAGAUGAUCCUGCGGAAUAUUUAUCCCUGACGGGCAACCGACACGCUCCCCACGUGGACGCUGACCUUGAAAAGCCAAGGUCACCAUCUGUGAUAGAACGGUACACGGUGUUUAAGACCAAAAGUAGGGGUAUAUGGGGGCGUGGCGGAGAUAUUUAUGUCAAAAACUCAAGGUUUGCGGAUCUAUUGAAUGCGAUAACUUUUGCGAGUUCAGGCAGGACACCAUACGACCCAGGUAGUCACCAGGAGGUCACAGACAGUAUCUUUGUCGGUGAAAGUGAAAACAGAGGAACCCAAAUGCAGAAUGACAACACACAGAAUUGGGCGGCCGGCUUUGACGGAAAGAUGCGAAGUUUUCCGAAUGACCCGUUUGCGGAUCUAUUGAAUGCGAUAACUUUUGCGAGUUCAGGCAGGACACCAUACGACCCAGGUAGUCACCAGGAGGUCACAGACAGUAUCUUUGUCGGUGAAAGUGAAAACAGAGGAACCCAAAUGCAGAAUGACAACACACAGAAUUGGGCGGCCGGCUUUGACGGAAAGAUGCGAAGUUUUCCGAAUGACCCAAUAGAACCAAUGAGGGCCAUUGUUUUAUAUGACGGACCUGUCUCCGUGGAAAGAUGUCAGUUUAAGCGCUGUGUCAGUCAACAUAACGAUGCCACGGUGGCCAUUGGGUUUCUACAUGAAAAUAAAUGGCAGUUUUCAACCACCACGAGGGUUAAAGAGGCUUCCUUUGACGACGUGGUACGCACUGAUUCACUAAUAGAACCAAUGAGGGCCAUUGUUUUAUAUGACGGACCUGUCUCCGUGGAAAGAUGUCAGUUUAAGCGCUGUGUCAGUCAACAUAACGAUGCCACGGUGGCCAUUGGGUUUCUACAUGAAAAUAAAUGGCAGUUUUCAACCACCACGAGGGUUAAAGAGGCUUCCUUUGACGACGUGACGCGCCGCGUUUGGUUUGGGAAGAUUCCAGUCGGGAAUCACGCCGACGACCCAGUGAAAGAUGGCGACAAAACUCAGAUUUUCCACGACGAGGACGGCUCCGUUAGUGGUUAUGCAGGCGCGUACGUCGUUCGAGCAGACAACUACCUUCUCCGCCAUGAUGGGUGUGUAGAAAAACCGGAAUGGAAUAACGCUGCAAUCUGCAAAGGAACUUAUGCGCAACUGUAUGUCAUCACAGAGAAGGGGGAUUUGGUAAUGAGUAUUACUCGCACAGACCACCCCGACAAACCCCUCGAACUAGAGAGCCCCACUGGUGACCAGUACCAGCCGUCCAUGCUACUGGGCCGUUCCUAUAUCAUUCACUGGGACAACACCACACCCGACGAUAUAGAGCUACACCCCAUUAAUUUCAACAGAUACGACUACAUUAUGGUUGGACUCUGUUACCCUAUUGGAACGACAUUCAACAUCCAAUACGAGAUUGAAGAUACAAACCAGGGCAAGAGAACUCUAACAGAAGUCAACUCGCUGGCUGAAGUUCAAAAUGGAGACGGUGGCCAGUAUUUCAUCGAUAAAGAAGUUGGAUUGCUAUUUCUGAAAAUCAUUACUGCAUACGACAGAGAGGGCUGGAAUUACUGCUCUACACAAGGCUGUGAGUACAUAUCCAUCUUGGCCACCAUGCCAAGUGGCGCUACCAGUGUCUGUCCAGGACAGGCCUAUCCUAAGUAUCAAGAAGAAGUUAUCAACGUUCCAAUCGGCUGA